UAUGUAACGUCUUUAUCGUCCUGAGUAAUAUCUUCAAUUUAGCUUAAUUAAUAAUAAUACAAAAAUGGGUCAGCGGAAAAGCUAGCCUAAAGGGGGGGAUAAACUUCGACCCUUAACAUUAAGACAGUUCUUAUCCAUCCAUAAAAACCUACACCAGAAUUUUCCUUAACAUGUCUUUGUUUUUGGAACAUUUUUCAGUCGAGGUUUGCAAAUGUUGCGCUACAUUUCGUCUUAUUCUGAAAUUCUCAACCGGACGUGUUAUCCACCUACACUUAAUUGGUUUGCCUCGUGAAGAAAUUCAGUUGUCAGAGCGUUUCUCUUCACUGUGCUACAUCUGGUAGUAGUAUCCGUUAGCGGCCAUAUGUAAUUGAGCCUCAUUCAUUCCACUGCAGACGCCACUGUGCUUCGUUUUGUUUACACCAAUCAACGGGGACAUUACGCUGCAGAGCGGCUCAUUCCUCUCCGCUCCGUCAUUCUCUCCGGACGGUGAUCAGUGUAUGCCUCGGUGACUGUCCUUUGCAGGCUGGGUUGUGACAGCACGGUACGAUGAUCGAGCGACCAGAGACUGCGGUUCCCAGCAUCGCCCAGCGGAACCUGGAGGGCUACGUGGGCUUCGCCAAUCUCCCCAACCAGGUGUAUCGGAAGUCGGUCAAAAGGGGGUUCGAGUUCACGUUGAUGGUUGUUGGUGAAUCUGGUCUGGGGAAGUCGACCCUCAUCAACUCUCUGUUCCUGACUGACCUGUACUCUAAGGACUACCCAGGGCCCUCCCAGCGCAUCAAGAAGACCGUACAGGUGGAGCAGUCCAAAGUGCUGGUAAAGGAAGGAGGAGUCCAGCUGACACUCACCAUCGUUGACACUCCGGGUUUUGGAGAUGCAGUGGAUAACAGCAACUGUUGGCAGCCGGUCAUUAACUACAUUGACAGCAAGUGCGAGGACUUCCUGAACGCCGAGUCGAGAGUGAACCGCCGGUCCAUGCCAGACAACCGAGUCCACUGCUGCCUGUACUUCAUAGCGCCCUCUGGACACGGUCUGAAGCCGCUGGACAUCGAGUUCAUGAAGAGACUCCACGACAAAGUCAAUGUCAUCCCUCUUAUUGCAAAAGCCGACACUCUGACCCCAGAGGAGUGCCAGCUUUUUAAAAAACAGAUAAUGAAAGAGAUACAGGAGCACAAAAUCAAAAUUUAUGAAUUCCCAGACACGGAGGACGACGAGGACAACAAGCUCGUCCGAAAGAUUAAGGAGAAGAUGCCACUGGCAGUGGUCGGCAGUAACGUGGUGAUCGAGGUGAAUGGCAAGAAGGUCAGAGGUCGCCAGUACCCAUGGGGCGUGGCGGAAGUGGAGAACGGGGAACACUGCGACUUCACGGUGCUGCGCAACAUGCUGAUCAGGACCCAUAUGCAGGAUCUGAAGGACGUCACUAACAAUGUCCACUAUGAGAAUUACCGCAGUAAGAAACUGGCUGCCGUCACCUGUAACGGAGUGGACACCUCCAAGACCAAGGGACAGCUCACUAAGAGUCCCCUGGCCCAGAUGGAGGAGGAGCGCAGGGAACACGUGAUGAAAAUGAAGAAGAUGGAGGCAGAAAUGGAACAGGUCUUUGAGAUGAAGGUCAAGGAGAAGAAGCAGAAACUGAAGGACUCAGAGGCCGAGCUGGAGCGACGCCACGAGCAGAUGAAGAGGAACUUGGAGGCGCAGUACAAAGAGCUGGAGGAGAAGAGACGAGUGUAUGAGGACGAGAAGGCCAAUUGGGAGGCUCAGCAGAGAAUCCUGGAGCAACAGAAACUGGACGCAUCCAAGACGAUGGAAAAGAACAAGAAGAAAGGGAAAAUCUUUUGAAGAGACGCGACCUGUUUCCUUCACUUUUACACAAACUCCAUAUUUUUCUUCAUCCCCCUCUGAAGUUCACAUGUACUGUGGCCCUCCAAACAUACAAACACCCAAACAUACAGAACACUCACAUUCCUCCGUGUUACAUUUAACACGCACCACGUUGUGACACGGGCGCCAUUUUCCACACACACAUAUACAGACACACACAUGCAAAUGCCCACAAACAGUCCACGUGCUCUCAGCAGGUUCGUUACCGUAUCCGUUGAAACCUUUUUCAUUUUCACGGGGAACGCAUGUUUUUGUGAAAUUCUAUUUUCCUAUAUUUCCUGACAAAGAGGAGAAGCUGGAGUUCCUCUGAGCUACAGUACGGAAGUAACACAUGGCAGGGACCAUGCAUAGCCAUGUGUACACAUGUAGUAGUUGUGUAAUCUCUAGAUAUAUUCCAUAGAUCUGCAGGUAGACGUUCCAUCCUCUCUCCUCCACGCUCGAAAAGUGCGUACACAGUAAAACAGUCAUAAAGACCUCAUUAAGGAAGGGAGAGCGUAUGUGAGUGAAGGUAACUGAAUGAGGUGACAGCAGAGGCCCGGGCACAGGGGGAUCAAUCAGCAAGCCUUCUCUAAAAAGUAAAGCUAACCGCUAACUGUUAGCUAUCCGCCAGCAUGCUAGCGCUAUUUAGUACUUCUAUUUUCUCAGCAUGGGGGUUUAUUACCUCAUGUUUACUCCUCAAUAGACGGUACAAGUACUUCUUUUGAGUAUACUGCAACAAGUUAGCUAACGGAACUUCUUGUUCUGUAAGCAAACUUCUUGUUCCAUAAAUUGCUUUUAAACAUAUAUGUACCAUUAAUUCCUCUCUCAUAACUGUCUACAAACCAUUCCUCUUUUGGGUCUGACAGAGGAGAUUCAUUUGUUCUUUUAGAGUUCACCAAGCUCAAUGUGAAAAUGCGCCCUUACAAGCCAAUUAUCUUAUCGAAGGGUUUUUGUUUAAAUAUUGCAGUGACCGGGCCUUUAGGCAGGAUUUACAUUAGUGCGUGUACGAGCAGGUGUGUUUUCUUAAAGGGCCAGUGUGUAGCAUUUUUCUGGAUCUAUCUAUCAACAUAGGAUGGGGUCCUCUCUAUGGACUCCGCCUUGUUGCACCGCCAUGUUUCGACAGUAGCCCAGAACCGACAAACCAAACCCUGGUUCUAGAGAGAAACUUUUACGUUUAAACGUCACCUCAUGGCCACCGUAGUUCUCUGACAUGCUUGUGAAACUGAGGUAACAUUAGCCACAGCAUCAAAACCGUGGUCCCACCUGUAGCCGUCUGAAUCCAGUUGCUCCUGAAAUAGUGUUAUUAUGGCAUGGAUCACCUCCGAGCAAGCCUAACGGCAUUACCACAGUUUUUACUCUGUGGCUCCGUUACACAGUUUUGUAAACAGAAGGAUGAGCAGAGGAAUAAUCAGUUGGUUGCAAUCUGCAAACCUCACCACUAGAUGCCACCCAAUCCUAGACACUGCCCCUUUAAAUGCUGGGUUUGGGGUCAGAGAGGUCAGCUGUCUGAUCUGAGGGAGAUCCGAACUGUGUGCAACAUAACAUUGUCAUUGCAGUGUGUGUUUGUGUGUGUGUUUCCUAUUUAAAUAGAAGACAUUAUGCAAAAGCUUCAUCGGUGUCUACCACGUUACAGGUCACAGUGAUUACAAAGAUGUUUUAUAUUGUGAUUUCAGUGAUGGAUGUCGUCAUAGAUCUGAACCCUGAUGUCCAGCUUUUUUGUAAUAAAUUUCCCUUUGUGUGAAAGGGACAAUUCAUCAAAAAGCUGAAAUAUUCCCGUGACCCUUCCUCUCUCCCUGGACUCCACACGAAGAUAAAAGUUUGGAGAAGUUUGCCAAUUCUGCCAUAGCUUUGUCUCCGACUUCACUUAUCGAAUAUCAUACAUAACCGCUUCCUCCCGCAACCAAUCAUCAACCGUCUCUUACAGAAUCUGUAAAGACGUCAGAAAGCAGUGAGCUGCGACACAUUGGAACCUUUAAUAUACCUUUUCCAAGAGCUCCCAUGUUUUAUUUUCAUAUGAUGAUGAUAAUAAUAAUACUAUAUGUAAGGUUGAAGAACAGCUCCUUAAAACCCUUGUAGUUUUCUCAAACCACUCACAGAGUAAUCUGUUAUUUUAGUACCGUUUUUCAGAUCGACUGCAAACUUCAUGCAGCAUUUCAAAUAUGACCUGUAUGGAUUAGUUCAUGAUGGAAAUGCUUAUAUUGUGUACAUACAGGAGGCUGUUCAGUGGCCUUUUUUUUUUUUUUCUUUCUUUUUUCCCCACACUAUUAUAAGCCAGGAAUAACAAAAGAACUUGUACUCAGAACUAUUAUGUAAAACCUGUCUUAAGAAUACACCAAUGCAUUUCCAAUACGUUUAUUUACGCACACAUAUACCGUAUACAUCUAUGCCAAUGAGUACACUUUCUCAGGACCGCUCUGUUAUUAUGUAUUUUCUCUUUUAAGUCCGGAGAAAAGCAAGUUAAAAAUAAGUGAAUUUUUCUUUGAAAUGCUUGUGAACCACUUCCAAUAACACCAAGUUAAGAUAGAUAAGUUUAGGUGGACUUUUUUUGUUUUUGUAAUAUUUUCAUUUUUUUUAUGUGUACACUGUUUACUGCUUCUCUUCUUUGUUCUCUCUCUAACUGUACAUUAUUAAUAUUAAAGUUGACAUGGUUAUGCUUUA